ACUCGGGCAGGUGCCUUGCCCCGGAUGGUGGGGACUCCAUGAGGUCGCGGGCCGCAACCUUCCCGCCGUAGGGUCCAUUCCUGCACUUCCGGGGCACCCGCGAACGGGAUUGGCUGCAUUCCCGCCCAGGGCCCCGCCUCCUACGUUCCCCAGGGCCCGUCCCCUUCAGAACGCCGCCUCGGUGAAGCCAGCCGACUCAGGACUGGAGCUCUGUUGCCAGGACCCCUCUGUUUCUGGCCCCUGGCUCCCACUUUCCUCUCUGACCGUCUGGCUCGGUUGCUGGCCUCAUUCAUGCGUGCAUGCCUGCAUCCAUUCAUUCCUCGCCCAGACUCUCUGUUCACCUUUCCCUCCAGACUGCCACCUGCCCUGCCUCGCCCCACGCUUCCGCAGCUCCCGUCCAGUUGCUCUGCCGCCCGUUGACCGACCCUCCGACUGGUCCGCUCUUCGGCUAGGGUCUUUCUGAAGCUUAAAUCGGACCCCGCCACUCCUUUUUUACACCUCGACGCCGCCCAGGCCCGGGCGCCACUUGCCCCUGCGGUCCCUCGGAUGUGCCCCAGGGCAGCGCAGCACGUGAUGGGCCGAGGACGCGUUUGACACCUUGGCCUGGGCGAUCAGGCUGGGUCGGGGGAGAUUUGGGGCUAUCCGCGGGGUCCUGGGCACCCUGGACCUCACCCGCCCCCUCCAUCUCUAGAGGGAGAGCGAGGCCCGCGACCCGGCUCCGGCUCCGGCUCCGGCUCCGGCUCCGGGCUGGAGGUGGGGGGGUGGGGCCGCAGCCGGAGCGCGGAGGAGGAGGGGCCCGGCAGCGCGACUUGGGGCCCCUAGCGGCCUGCCAGCCCAGCUCCCGACAGGCCGCGCGUCGGGGCGGGGUUUUGGGCGCUGGGUCGGAGUCUGAGGAAGCGAGAAAUCUGGCCCUGGGAGCCAACCUGUCGGCCUAUUCCGUGCCUGCAUUCUGCGUGUUCCUGCCCAGGCUCGGUGCCCACCGGCCCAGCUUCCCGGGGCUGCAAGGAGGGGACAGGCGUGCACUCACCUGCCCAGCCAGGGGUGGCCAUGAGGACUGCACUAGUGUACCACGAGGACAUGACAGUGGCUCGGCUGCUCUGGGAAGACCCUGAGUGUGAGAUCGAGCGUCCGGAGCGCCUGACCACAGCCCUGGAGCGCCUGCAGCAGGAGGGCCUGGAGCAGAGGUGUCUACGGUUGGCAGCCCGGGAGGCCUCCGAGGCAGAGCUGGGCCUGGUGCACAGCCCAGAGUAUGUGUCCCUGUUGCGAGGAACCCAGACCUUGGACACCAGGGAACUACAGGCACUGUCUGGACAAUAUGAUGCUGUCUACUUCCAUCCGAGCACCUUCCACUGUGCCCGGCUGGCCGUGGGGGCUGCACUGCAGCUGGUGGACGCCGUGCUGACGGGGGCUGUGUGCAACGGACUGGCCCUGGUGAGACCUCCUGGGCACCAUAGCCAGAGAACCGCUGCCAAUGGAUUCUGUGUGUUCAACAAUGUGGCCAUAGCAGCACAGUAUGCCAAGCAGAGACAUGGGCUGCACAGGAUCCUCAUCGUUGACUGGGACAUCCAUCAUGGUCAGGGCAUCCAGUAUAUCUUUGAGGAUGACCCCAGCGUCCUUUACUUUUCCUGGCACCGCUAUGAGCAUGGGCGCUUUUGGCCCUACCUUCGAGAAUCAGAUGCAGAUGCUGUUGGGCAGGGGCAGGGCCGUGGCUUCACUGUCAAUCUGCCCUGGAACCAGGUUGGGAUGGGAAAUGCUGACUACGUGGCCGCCUUCCUGCAUGUGCUGCUCCCCGUGGCCUUCGAGUUUGACCCUGAGCUGGUGCUCAUCUCAGCAGGAUUUGACUCCGCGAUUGGGGACCCCGAGGGGCAGAUGCGGGCCACACCGGAGUGCUUCGCCCACCUCACGCAGCUGCUGCAGGUGCUCGCUGGUGGCAGAGUCUGUGCUGUGCUGGAGGGUGGCUACCACCUGGAGUCGCUGUCCCAGUCCGUGUGCAUGGUGGUGAAGGCGCUGUUGGGUGACCCUGCCCUGCCCCUGUCGGGGCCCAUGGAGCCUCAUCGCAGUGCCCUGGAGUCCAUCCAGAGGGUCCGGGCUGCCCAGGCCCCUCACUGGAAGAGCCUCCAGCAGCAAGGGUCGGCCCCCAUGAGUCCCAGCGCCUGCUCCCCAGGGGGAAGAGCCUCACCCGAAUUGCCUGGGGGACCCAAAUCCAAGGUAGCAGAGGCCCAGGCCUCAGCCGCACUGAGUUCCCUCCUGGACCAGCUGCACCUCCACCCCACACCGCCCGUCCGCACGGCUGUCGCCCUGACUGCGCCGGACGCCUUCCUGGUCCUACCCCCUGAAGUCCUCCGUCAGGAGGGGUCAGCCCCAUGGGAGGAGAUACAGGCCUGGGCCAGGGCACACAAGGCCCUGGUCCAGGAUGAGGCUCUCACUGCACUUGGGAAGGUCCUGCACCUCUUGAGUGGGAUCUUGGAUGGGCAGGUGAGCGGUGGCAUUGCAGCAACCCCAGCGCCCGCUGCCACCCUGGAUGUGGCCAUUCGGGAAGGCUUGUCCCAUGGAGCUCGGAGGCUGCUCUGUGUGGCUGUGGGACAGCUGGAUCGACCCGCAGACCUUGCCCAUGACGGGAGGAAUCUGUGGCUGAACGUCGGAGGCAAGGAGGCGUCUGCCCUGUCCACGUUAGAGGUCUCCGUGCCGCUGCCAGGGACAACGGGUGGGUUCGUGACCUGCCUCCUGGCCCUCGUGCUGCCCCUGGCCUAUGGCUUCCAGCCUGACCUGGUGCUGGUGGCACUGGGGCCAGGCCACGGCCUCCAGGCCCCCCAAGCCACACUCCUGACUGCUCUGCUACGGGGGCCAGUGGGGGGCCGUGUCUUGGUCCUGGUGGAGCAGGAAUCCACAUCCCAGCUUGCAGGGGUCCUGGCCCAGGUGUUGCAGGGAGAGGCGCCCCCCAGCCUGGGUCCCUUCUCCAUGGCCUCCCCAGAGGACGUGCAGGCCCUGAUCUACUUGAGGGGACAGCUGGAAGUGGAGUGGAAGAUGCUGCAGGUGGCCGCUCCUCGAGUGCUGUGACCUGGUGGCCUGAAACCUGCCAGGGUGGGAGCGUUUGUACUCCAGAGGUGACUCCGCAGACUAGUCCCCCCAGGAGCCAGCUCUGAACGUUCACAUGUGCACCACUGCUGGAGGCCUCUGUCCAGACGGCCAGGCUACAGAGCUGUCCAGGGCACUGGCUCAGGGCAUGAUGUCCGUGGCAGUGACCCGGAGCCCCCCUCCAGCAGUCCGCCUCUGCACAGACGGCUCCGUUUGUACUUCCUGCGUGCCGGUUAACCUUAACAAAUAAAAGUUAUUUUGCCAGCAA